AUGUACGGGGACGUUCCUGGCGUGACCAUCCCUUACCAUCAAAUUGGUGAACCGAUGUCUGGCACUGGCUUACAUUGCGAGGACGGCAACCUUCAGUCCGCGAACAUCAAUCUCCUCAGAGUUAAGCUAUGGGUUCUGAUCGACCCGAAGUCAACCGAAAAGCUGGAAACAUUUAUCAGAGCACGCUACGGCGGUCGUAAGUGUGAGCAGUGGCUCCGGCACCUUAACCUGUUUGUUCGAUCAGCCGACCUCCGCAAAGAGAAAAUCGAUUUCAAGAUGGUGGCUGCCCGGCCUGGCGAUAUGGUCGUGACAGCGCCGAGGCAGUACCACAUGGUAGUCAACAUGACCGCGUCGUUCGCCGUAGCCAUUAACUUUCUGAUGGCUGGUGAUCCAUUAUUUCCCGAAAGAGAGACGCAAGUGUGCGCAGAUUGCUGUUUUAUGUUUGCAUUGGAAGAAGAUCUUGGAAACUUCAAAGGUGUGGACGAAUGCAUGCCUGAUGAGCAGCAAGUCGCCAGCCAAGAUUCGCAUAUCAAGGCUUCAAGAACAAGGAAUAAGCCCACGGCCACAAAUUCAGCGUCGAAAUUGGACAGGGAAAACACCCAAGCACCGGGAAGGUUAGGGACGACGAACUCUGCUACCGCUGUAUUGAGGGACAAAUUGCCUGGCAAUCCAAAGGGCGUUAAAAGAAAACCCCCGGAUACUCACCAAGCACACAAUGGGCAACAUCGCCAGUACUUGCCAGACGAUCAGGUCACGAAGCGGCAGAGAAAUCCCCCGACUAUCAAAGAGCUGGCAGAGGAGUUGACAGGACACCGCGCGAAGGAGCGGUUCAGGCGUCGUAUACUGGCAUUCAACAACGAAUCCUCUCUCGAGCUCCCAGCACCCUGGGACGAUCAAGUUGACUUCACCUCACAGGUUCACAGCUACAUCGAAAAGGGAGGACAAUACACAGAGUCCGGGGCAUUCCCAAAACUUGUGGGAUUGAUUUUUACAGCUUAUACGGUCAGGCGCGCAGAUACGCAGUCGGCCGAAAUAGGCAGGCGCAACAUGAGCAGACAGCUGCAACAGAAAUAUUUCGGAACAGUCAUCAAGAGAAUGAGCCAGCAGGCUUUCUGGAACUGGAUAUCACGGAAUCGUAAUUUGUGGAGCCUAGGAUCUGGGUUGCUGCCUUAUUUAGCAAGCGACAAUGAGGGCAUGGCGUCAUUUCGAGACUACGAAAGAAGUUCCAAGGCAGAGGUGGACCAACUCAGAGCAGAGCUUGACAAAAUCUCACAAGUCAAAGAAAUGAAGCAGGCUGGAGAAGCGUUUGUUGACCGAAUUUUACAGCGUCGCAAAUUCGUCUGGCAGGACGUCGCCUCCAAAGAGCUUGAACAGCUGCCUAUAGAGACGCUACUGUCACUGGUCAAAGUAAAGCGCCUUGAAGGAAACGAGACCGACAAAUCAUGGCAGCCGCUACCGGAAUAUCAAUGGCAGAGGCCCGACGCGCUCGUCCAAGGUCCGCAGUACGAGUUGUGUGAGACGGAGUCGUGUGACUGCAUCAGCCGUUGUUUCGCCAAAGCACCUUCCGUUGUGUAUUAUGACGGAAAAGAACUUGGCCUGCAAGCAAUGGCGGAAGUUCCCGGAGAUAUAGCGUAUAGGAAGGGCACUCUGAUUGGGGAGAUCGUUGGGCGCAUCGUCCCUCCCAAUACCUAUAACGACGGCCGAGCUAUGAAGAUGAUUAGAGGGAGAGAAGAGCGACCGCGCCACCACCGCAUUACUGGCGUAGUGGCGGGAGCUGUAAAACCGGUGGCUAUACGAGGAGGGGACACCAAAUACGUUAGAGCUGGCACCUAA